CGCAAAGACGUCGGGUGGCUCUGCGCACACCUCCUCCCAGCCAGACCUGCGGGGUAUUCACCUGAUACACAACAGGUGGCCGGGAAAAGAAAUAUGCAUCCUCCAGAAACCACCACAAAGAUGGCUUCGGUUCGGUUUAUGGUGACACCUACAAAGAUCGAUGACAUUCCAGGUUUGUCAGACACUAGCCCGGACCUCAGCUCUCGAUCUAGUUCCCGUGUACGAUUUAGCUCCAGGGAAAGUGUGCCAGAAACAAGCCGUAGCGAGCCUAUGAGUGAGAUGUCUGGGGCCACCACUUCUCUAGCAACUGUUGCCCUGGAUCCUGCCAGUGACCGGACUUCCAACCCCCAGGAUGUCACCGAGGACCCGAGUCAGAACUCCAUCACAGGGGAACACAGCCAGCUGUUAGAUGAUGGGCAUAAGAAAGCUCGAAAUGCUUAUCUCAAUAAUUCCAAUUAUGAAGAAGGAAAUGAAUAUUUUGAUAAAAAUUUGGCACUCUUUGAGGAAGAAAUGGACACCAGACCAAAGGUCUCUUCUCUCCUCAAUCGGAUGGCCAAUUACACUAAUCUAACACAAGGAGCAAAGGAGCAUGAAGAGGCAGAAAAUAUCACUGAAGGGAAAAAGAAGCCAACCAAGACCCCCCAAAUGGGUACCUUCAUGGGUGUCUACCUCCCAUGUCUACAAAAUAUUUUUGGAGUGAUCCUCUUUCUACGCCUUACAUGGGUGGUGGGCACAGCUGGAGUUCUUCAGGCCUUUGCAAUUGUCCUUAUCUGCUGCUGCUGUACAAUGUUGACUGCUAUCUCCAUGAGUGCCAUUGCCACUAAUGGAGUGGUGCCAGCUGGAGGCUCUUACUUUAUGAUUUCCCGGGCACUGGGUCCAGAGUUUGGUGGAGCUGUUGGCCUCUGCUUUUAUCUUGGUACCACAUUUGCAGCAGCCAUGUAUAUCCUUGGUGCCAUUGAAAUUUUUCUGGUGUACAUUGUGCCCCGGGCUGCCAUCUUUCACAGCGAUGAUGCCCUUAAGGAAUCAGCAGCCAUGCUAAAUAACAUGCGAGUGUAUGGCACAGCCUUCUUGGUCCUCAUGGUGUUGGUGGUAUUCAUCGGUGUGCGCUAUGUGAAUAAGUUUGCCUCACUUUUCCUGGCCUGUGUCAUUGUAUCGAUCUUGGCAAUCUAUGCUGGAGCCAUCAAGUCUUCUUUUGCACCCCCACAUUUCCCGGUCUGCAUGCUGGGUAACCGCACUCUUUCAUCAAGACACAUUGACGUUUGUUCCAAGACCAAGGAAAUUAACAACAUGACAGUACCAUCAAAGUUAUGGGGCUUUUUCUGUAACUCCAGUCAGUUUUUCAAUGCCACCUGUGAUGAGUACUUUGUUCACAAUAAUGUCACGUCAAUCCAGGGCAUUCCUGGUUUGGCUAGUGGUAUCAUUACAGAGAACCUUUGGAGUAAUUAUCUACCUAAGGGAGAGAUCAUUGAAAAGCCCUCAGCCAAAUCAUCUGAUGUCCUGGGAAACUUAAAUCAUGAAUAUGUUCUAGUUGAUAUUACCACCUCUUUCACUCUUCUGGUGGGGAUAUUCUUUCCCUCUGUCACAGGUAUCAUGGCUGGAUCAAAUAGAUCUGGAGAUCUGAAAGAUGCUCAGAAGUCUAUUCCCAUUGGAACAAUCCUUGCCAUCCUGACCACGUCCUUUGUCUAUUUAAGCAAUGUUGUCCUUUUUGGUGCAUGUAUUGAAGGGGUUGUUCUCAGAGACAAGUUUGGGGAUGCAGUGAAAGGUAACUUGGUGGUGGGGACCUUGUCUUGGCCAUCCCCAUGGGUGAUUGUCAUUGGCUCCUUCUUUUCAACAUGUGGGGCUGGACUUCAGAGCCUCACAGGUGCACCAAGGCUGUUGCAGGCUAUUGCCAAGGAUAACAUCAUACCAUUCCUGAGGGUUUUCGGUCACAGCAAGGCCAAUGGGGAACCUACCUGGGCUUUACUUCUGACUGCUGCCAUUGCAGAGCUGGGAAUUCUUAUUGCCUCCUUGGAUCUUGUGGCCCCAAUUCUAUCCAUGUUUUUCCUCAUGUGUUACCUCUUUGUGAACUUGGCGUGUGCUUUGCAGACAUUACUUCGAACACCCAACUGGAGACCCCGAUUCCGCUACUACCACUGGGCCCUGUCUUUCAUGGGGAUGAGUAUCUGUCUGGCUCUGAUGUUCAUUUCUUCCUGGUAUUAUGCCAUAGUAGCAAUGGUAAUAGCUGGUAUGAUCUACAAGUACAUUGAGUACCAGGGAGCUGAGAAAGAAUGGGGUGAUGGCAUCCGUGGGCUGUCACUCAGUGCAGCCAGGUUUGCUUUGCUUCGGCUGGAGGAGGGACCUCCACACACUAAGAACUGGAGGCCUCAGCUGCUUGUGUUGCUGAAGCUCGAUGAAGACUUACAUGUCAAGCAUCCUCGCCUCCUUACAUUCGCAUCACAGCUGAAAGCAGGAAAGGGUCUCACUAUUGUGGGCUCUGUCAUCGUGGGGAAUUUCCUGGAGAACUAUGGUGAAGCUUUAGCUGCUGAGCAGACCAUUAAGCAUCUAAUGGAAGCAGAGAAGGUAAAAGGAUUCAGCCAGCUGGUGGUUGCUGCCAAACUCCGAGAGGGCAUUUCCCACCUCAUCCAGUCCUGUGGCCUUGGGGGCAUGAAGCACAACACAGUGGUGAUGGGCUGGCCUAAUGGCUGGCGUCAGAGUGAAGAUGCCCGCGCUUGGAAAACUUUUAUUGGCACAGUUCGUGUGACAACUGCUGCUCAUCUCGCUCUGUUGGUGGCUAAAAAUGUCUCCUUCUUUCCCAGUAAUGUGGAGCAGUUUUCUGAGGGCAACAUUGAUGUGUGGUGGAUUGUGCAUGAUGGGGGGAUGCUCAUGCUAUUACCAUUCCUGCUGAAACAGCACAAGGUAUGGCGAAAAUGCAGCAUACGAAUCUUCACAGUAGCCCAACUAGAAGACAACAGUAUUCAGAUGAAGAAGGAUUUGGCUACCUUCCUAUAUCACUUGCGCAUUGAGGCAGAGGUGGAAGUGGUGGAAAUGCAUGACAGUGACAUAUCAGCUUAUACUUAUGAGCGCACCCUGAUGAUGGAGCAGAGGUCCCAGAUGCUCCGGCACAUGCGGCUGUCCAAAACGGAACGCGACAGAGAGGCACAGUUGGUGAAAGACCGGAACUCAAUGCUACGAUUGACCAGCAUCGGUUCUGAUGAGGAUGAAGAGACAGAAACCUAUCAAGAGAAGGUACACAUGACUUGGACAAAGGACAAGUACAUGGCUUCCCGGGGGCAAAAAGCCAAGUCAAUGGAAGGAUUCCAGGACCUCCUUAACAUGCGUCCGGACCAGUCUAAUGUAAGACGGAUGCAUACAGCAGUGAAGCUCAAUGAGGUUAUAGUAAACAAGUCCCAUGAAGCAAAGCUGGUUUUGUUGAAUAUGCCAGGACCACCCCGAAACCCUGAGGGUGAUGAAAACUACAUGGAGUUCCUAGAGGUGCUCACUGAGGGACUUGAACGAGUUCUCCUUGUCCGGGGUGGUGGCAGUGAAGUGAUCACCAUUUAUUCAUAACCUACUUCUGAAAGACUCUGCUUGGUCUCACCUUUCCUAAGUGGCUUCUGUCCUCCAUUGAAGUGACAGCUCUUUCCUACCAUUCCCACUCUAGAGGCCUAUAUUUUAUACCCAUCACACUAAACUCUCGAUGAGCUGGCCUCUAGUUGUUGUGCAAGAGUACAAAUAGAUCUGUUCCUGGCUCCCAUGUGAUCUCAACGGAAGAAGCACAUAGUCCCUCUACAUCAAAAAAAUGAUCAAAUCUUAAAAGCCAUUUCUUUACCAGUAGAAGACAAGUUAGAACAAACUAAGUCAACAAAUGGGAACCCUUCAGUACCACUGAAGGUAGUCAGUUGGUAAAAGGGAUGCUAGAAAUUUACCUAAAGAGAAAAAAGAAGUACAUAUCCAACAUUAAAGAUCAGUCUCAGAAAUCAUGGUUCAGUGAUACCACAGAGGAAACAGCUAGGUAGACAGCCUCACCUCACUGAAGAAUUUAUGACCAAGUAACACGGAGACCUCUUAUUUUUGUGAUGAUAACCUGUGGCGAGCUGAGAUGGAAACCUUUUUAGCUGAUUUUCUUUAGUGUAUCUACUGCUUACUAAGACUCUUACUUUUUCAAUUAGGGUACUAAUAUUCAGAACCUGAAAUGUGGCUGCAGAUUCUACUACUUCAAGAUUCCCCCAAAACACCAGGUUUAAUUAUUUAUUGUAUGUCAGUGUGUAUUUCAGGUGUUUGUUUCUAUCAACCCGAAAUCCAUUCUGUUGUUGUAACAGCACAGGCAAUCUUACCAUGGCAAUUGAUUUUUAGAAAGUAAAAGUUUUUCCUUUCAGGUUCUUUUUGUAUGGUUGGACUAAGGGAUCUUCAAAGAGUAGAUAUAAAAUAUACUGGAAUACAGUCUGGAAUCUUUGUGAUAAGGGCAAAACAUACAAGCUGUUACAUAAGAAAUGUAGGUCAGGAUAUACAUUAACGAACAGGGUCUCCUUCCUUUCCUCCUUUUUAUGCUGAGUUACGAGACACAGGUCAAAAAAUCAUAUGAAACAAACAGUAGGAUGACUGGCUAAAAUCAUCCUCUGAAGACUUUGGACCAUCUUCUAAAGGGGAAAUUCAGCUUUACAUUGAAAGUUCUAGAGCCAUACUCUUGCCAUGGUGCCAAAGUGAUGGAGCUGCUACUCUCCUUAUCUACUUACAGUAGCAUACAGACUGGCAGUGGCCCAACUCAAGAAACUUUUCUUUCACUAAGAAACCUAUGGCCUCAUCUCCAAAGCCAUAGUUACAGGCUUGAGGCACUCACCUAAAUGUCCAAAGUAAGAGCAUUUCUCCUUUUCUUUUUGAUUUUAUGAUUUAAUUAGUCUAUAGAAACUUGGCUGUAAACUGAGAUUAUCCAAGUCAAUGGACAUUUGCUGUUUCAUGUUUUUUUUUUUUCAGAAAGCUCUAAAUGUGCCAAGGAAGUACUUGAGAAAGUUCAGCUUUUUAUUUACUGAUUUAUCACAAAACAUGUGGCUUACUAGCAUAAGGAAACUUCUGGUGGGGCUGAGCAAUAAUUUUGAGUAUGUGAAAUCUACAUUUCUUUCCAAGAUAGGAUUUAAGAAACCAUCUUCUUGCCUGUAUUUGUGGAUGCUUUUAAGUUUUUUAUUUAUUAAUAAAUAAGUGCCACUCUUUGAUUACCCAAUAGGAUAUGCAACAAGCUGACUCUUAAGUGUCACAGGUAAUAUUUGAACCAUAAGGACAGAGAAAAAAACCUUAAAAGUAGCUUAAGGAAAUAAGUCAUCUUGAUUUCUCCCUUUUGAUCUUCUUUACCCUCCAGGCCCACUCAUGAUAGCAACACAGACAGGAUCUUAAAAGACUUUUUUCCUGCUCCUUCCUGCAGAAGGUAGAAAGUUUGUUUACAGCUCCCAUUGUAACACUCCAUUGUAUAGUUGAGUAUAGCAGUAAUUGACCAACAUCUUAAAGACCAACAUCUUAAAGACCCAUACUUUCAAAGUCAGCCUGCCCAGGAAUUCCUCAGCCCCUGGCCAAAGUGCUACAUACUGUUUCCAUACAGGAUAAAUACGGGCAGAAAACAAGGUUAAUUUCAGAAGUAUUAUUUGUGGUUGGAGCUCUGUAAGAAACCUUUUAAAGAGAUAAAGGAAUUGAUGGCUGUUAACAUAGCCACAAUUUCAGGUGUGGAAAUGGAAAAUCACUGUUACAUGGAAAAAUGGUUUUUAGGCCAGAUUUAUACUCAUCUUUGUCUAGAGCAUUUCAUGUCUAUUGUUGCUUGUUGUUUGUCUGCAAAGUGUCUCGUCUUUUAAUCACUGCAAAUAAAGCAAUACUGAAAACUUGAGAGAGAAUGCACCUUAGGGGAAAGGGCUUUUUGUUUUGAGAGGGAAGAUAAAGAUCUUCCCCUGUCUUUUGAAAAAGACUCAGCUUUUAGGUCUUACCUAUGACUGUACCAGGGCAGAUGAUAAUAAUACACGUUCUCCCACUGCUGGCCUUCUGCCUUCUGGACUACCUUAAAAGCUGGAGUCUGAACUGCAGUGUCUACUCAAAAGGUGCCAGGUUCCUGUUGGCAGGCAAAAGAUCACACUGCUCUUUAUCUUCUGUUGCCUCUGAUUCUUGUAGCCCCAAGGAUUCCACCAGUCCUCAUUCCCCCUACACAUGUUAAAAAUUCCUUAUUGUGGGUAUUAAAUAACAGUUACACUCUAAGCAUAUAUGUGCUCUUUUUUCUGGUUUCUUUUCUUUUCAUCAUGUAUCAUUUGAAUCAGCAUUAGUUGCUCACAUCUUUAAAUGUCUCAAACAGAACUUUUAUGUCCUGGUUUGUGUUAAGCAAAAGUAAAAUAUUAAGGAAAAUAGAUUUAAGGGAAACUUGUGAAACUUUUUAAAGCGCUGUUCUCAACCAUUUAAUUUAUUGAAAGGAGACGCUGCUAUGAUUCUUGAUUUAGCAGCAACCAUUCUUUUGUUUACAUGCAGUUCUGGUUUUAUUUGUUGUUCUGCUCUGUACUGGAAACAUAAAUAAAGUUUUCUACAUUAUUUUCA